AUGACGUCGAUCGGCACGGGUUACGAUCUCCUCAACUCCAUCUUCUCUCCUGAUGGACGAAACUUCCAGGUCGAAUAUGCCGUCAAGGCGGUAGAAAACGGCGGCACCUCAAUCGGCAUCCGGUGCAAGGACGGCGUUGUCCUGGCUGUCGAGAAGAUUGUCGCAUCUAAGCUGCAAAAGCCCGGUGCAAACAAGCGAAUUGCCAGCAUUGACAGCCAUGUCGGCGCAGUAUACUCAGGCAUGAUCCCCGAUGGCCGCCACUUCGUCGACCGUGCUCGAGACGAAGCUCAGAGCUGGCGCCAGAACUUCAAGACCCCCAUCCCCACAGCCGAUCUUGCCUCCCGCAUGGGUGGUUACCUCCAGGCAUACACCAUGUACGGUUCCGUACGUCCAUUUGGCAUUACGGCCAUCGUGCCCGGCAAGCACGGCGGUCCUUUCCUCUACAUGAUCGAGCCCAGCGGCCUGUACUGGGGAUACUACGGAGCGGCGACGGGCAAGGGCAGGCAAGCUGCCAAGGCCGAGCUGGAGAAGCUGGAUCUGCCAGCAGGGAACAUUACCCUGCUCGAGGCCGUCAAGCAGGCCGCGAGAAUCAUCUACAUUGCCCACAAGGAUAACAAAGACAAAGAGUUUGAGCUGGAGAUGACCUGGAUCAGCACAGUCGACGGCCCCACCAAGGGACGGCAUGUCGAGGUUCCCAAGGAGCUGAGGGAGGAGGCAGAGAGGUUAGCGCGGGCCGAGGACGAGUCUGACGACGAGGAGGAGGAAGAAAAGAAGGAUGAGGACAAGAUGGAAGACUAA